GAUUGCAGAGAUAUCAAUUGAGAGUGGCGAUAACUAGGUGCGGACUGAAGAGCGAGCCGACCUGAGCAAUGUCACAGCCCCUCGGUGUCGAGUUCUCCUCACCGGAUGUGUUCCGUUUUGAGAACAAUUCCUGGAAAUCCACGGACCAGCUGCCAUGCACUGGCAACUUCUCGGUUUCUGAAACCAAGGCGAGCUGCUACGAAGUGAUUAACCCUGGUAAUGCCUCGGGACAGGAAGAAGGAUUUGUGCCGUACGGAGAAAUCUGGACACCUGCUGUUAUACAACGAGUGGCAACCUUAUCUGUUAUAAUGCUCAUUACUGUUUUUGGAAAUGUCUUCAUUCUUAUUGUACUGUCUUGCAGCAAAUACCGAAAACGCCACAGUCGUGUCAACAUAUUUAUUAUCAACUUAGCCAUCGGAGACUUAGCUGUUUGUUGUUUUACAAUGACGUCGGAAAUUCUGUUCGUUGCUUUCGGAGAAUGGGUGUUAGGAGCGGCUGCAUGUAAAAUCAUCACCUACUUCCAAAUCGUCACCCUAGCCAGUACCACCUUCAUUUUAACCGCCAUGAGUUUUGAUCGUUUCAUGGCCAUAUGUAAACCUCUUCGCUUUGCAACAACCAUCAGUCGGGCUCGCAAGAUGAUCGCUGUGGCCUGGGUCCUCGCCUUUCUCUUUGCCAUUCCACAGUUAUUUAUAUUUAUACAAACAAAGACGGGCGUACACCCGGAUGGUAAAAUCCAAUACAAGUGCUUAAGUAAAGGCUACACGGCCUGGUGGCAGCGAAAGUUAUAUUUUACUUGGCUGGCCAUUUAUAUUCUGGCUAUUCCUGCCGUGUUAAUAUCCUAUUGUUAUAUCAACGUCGUCUUGGUUGUUUGGGGUCAAGGUAAGGAGGUCAGCGUGACCUCUGAUAAUAGCGUGCCCUUGAGGCGCUCUAUCUCUGAUAAAAGGGCCAUUCCCAGAGCCAAAAUCAAAACCAUUAAAAUGACUCUGGCCAUCAUCCUGAGCUUUAUAGCUUGCUGGACACCAUACUUUGUGACAACAUUAAUCAUCAUAUACAGCGAAUAUACGUACAAAAUCCCCGAGUCUGUGAUUGUAUUCGCUGAGACGGCCGCUUUACUCCAGAGCGCGCUAAACCCUUUAUGGUAUGGGUUUUUCAAUAUAAAGCUGAAGCGGGGUUUGAUGGAAGUGUUCUGUCCACAGCGUUUAGCCCUGAUAACAAAGUACAAUAGCCGGGGAGCGACAAUGUCAGAGUGUAUGUCAAUGACUGAGGAUUAUACCUGUGUUCAGACGGCUAAGCGGUUGUCCGCCAGAUGUCGGGAGCAAUCCUCCUCCAGCAGUGGCUCCUACGAAGGUCGUUCACGAACUCAGAACUCUAUUAUCGAGGAAAACAAAAACGGAUACCGACUCAGAGUUCGUUUCACUGCUAAAGACACCGUGUCAGUCGGACUCCAUCGAUCUCAGGAGGGGUUGGAUAAUGGAGGUGAAAACGUUACCUCUAUUUAGACUUUAGCGUCUCAUUACAUCAUCUUGCU